AGCCACGGGGUUUUUGGACUACAUUUCCCAUCUCACACUCGGUGUUUCGCGUACGCAGGUUCACGAGCUCCUUACCGACCCCAACAGCAGCUGGGGCAGCCAACCACUUUGUUGAACGGGAACUCGUUAGAAAGAGACGGUCGUGGAAAAAUCGUUGGAAAAGUGUAAACAGACUAGAAAACAGCGGAAUGAAACUGUUCUGAAGCAUUGUUACUUUGUCACCUGAAGAACUGAAACCGUCGUCGCUUUUCGCCGGUACCGAGGAUAACACACAACUUCCCAAAGAGGAAUUCACUCAUUCAGGAUGUCGGAGUGAAACAAAGAGGUCUGAGGGUAUUCCUGUCGGAAAGGGGCUGAACUUCAUCCUUGUGGCCUUCUCUGAAUGGGAAAGAUGGAAAGGGAGUUACAAUGGUGGAAAGGACAGCUAGCAGGGGAUAUCCAUCAGUCCCUCCGCAUCAAGGAGUUGAAGCUGCCUGUGUAUCGGGCCCACUCCCCUCAGAUAGGGAUGCGUCGGUACUUUGCAGACCUACUGGCCAUACUGUCGAACCGCUACCAGCUGUGUCCUACAGCCAGACACCUGUCUGUCUACCUACUGGACCUGUUCAUGGAUCACUACGAUGUAGCCGUCAAACAGCUCUACGUCAUCGCCCUGUCCUGCCUGCUCCUUGCCAGUAAGUUUGAGGAGAGGGAGGACCGGGUACCUAAGUUGGAGCAGCUCAACUCCCUGGGUUUCAUGUGUUCUCUGAACCUUGUUCUCAACAAGAGAGACCUCAUCAAGAUGGAGCUGCUGCUGUUGGAGACGUUCAGCUGGAACCUGUGUAUGCCCACCCCGGCCCACUUCAUAGACUACUACCUCCAGGCCUCGGUGCAGGAGGGAGACCUGUACAACGGUUGGCCUCUCUCCUCCCUCUCCAAGACCAAAACCUUUAUGGACAAGUACACACACUACUUCCUGGAGGUGUCACUGCAAGACCAUGCGUUCCUGAGUUUCCGGCCGUCUCAGGUGGCGGCAGCGUGCGUAGCGGCGUCUCGUAUCUGUCUCCAGAUUUCUCCUAGCUGGACCACGUCUCUACACCUUCUGACUGGAUACACCUGGGAACACCUUACACACUGCAUCAAACUCAUGCUGCUUGCCCAUGACAACGAUGUGAAGGAGGCCAACAAACCCAAAUCCACCCCUCCGUUGUCUUGCUCCUCCUCUCUCCAGUCCCAUCUCUCCCCAGUCCAGAGACCAGCCACCUCCUCCAACCCCCAGCAGCUCCUUUUCCAGCCUGGCCCAGUGGGCUUCCCUCACCUCUCCCAGCACUCCCCCUCCCUGUCCCAGCUCCACGCUCUAGCUGACUCCCAGGCUUUGGGGCCUGCUGUGGUCAACAUGUCCCAGGACAUCCUCCAAAGCCACAGGAUGGGGCUGCUCACUGGGGGCAACACCAUGACCUCCACAGCAGGGACCUUCCCCUCCUAUCCUAGCCUGACUUCGGGGCUGCUCACUGGGGCCAACACCAUGACCUCCACAGCAGGGGCCUUCCCCUCCUAUCCUAGCCUGACUUCGGGGAUGCAGCCUGGGGCUCGGGUGGCACCGCUGGCCUUGCAGGGCCCCAUCUCCAUGCAGGUAGCCUUGGCUGCGGAGCCGAGACACUGCCUCAGCAUGGCCUACACCGGAGGGUACCUGGGGGGCGUGGGCCCCCACCACACCUUCACGGCAGCGGGCUGCUUCGACAGGUGACGCCAGGAGACGGAGGAGAGGAUGAACAGCAAACCGCCCCGAGCCAGGGACAGGGAGCGCUGCAAUCCUCUUCCCUCACUACUUCCUCCUCCUCUCCGCUCCCUGGCAGACCUCCUCUCCAUCUCCGUCAGCACCCCGUCCCCCUCCUCUGCCGCACCCCGCCCUGCGCCCCCCACCCUCAGACAGAGACGGAGAGAAAGACGGCUAAAACACAAGCAAAGGUCAAAGGGCACCGAUGACCCCGUGGUGGUCAUCACACUGACAUGACACCUGAUGUCACUGCGACGUCACUGACUGACUGUUGAAUGCUGUCUUCCGAUCCCGCCGCAGGAACGUGAUUCCAAGGCAGAAGCAUUAACCCACUGUAGAAUGGUCACCGUAUGUCCCUGGUUAAGAUGCUGUUAUCACUGUGAACCAGAGGCUAUGCAGCAUGAUUCCUCCUCAGUGCCUCCUGGGUUUUGACCAGAGUGAUGUCUGUCUGUCUGUGAAUUCAGCUGAAGAUGAAGUGCUGCUGGAUCUCUCUCACUCUAAUCCAAAAAAGAUCAACUCAACUGAAGACGAGUAAUUGGCCAGUAAAGUGACUUAUUGAGCUGCUGACUUGAGAACAGUGGUAUGAAGUGUUAUAAGUAGACCUACCAGUGAGUUGAAGAGGCUGUGUGUCACUUGCUAUGUCAGCCUUAUGCCAGUGAAUAAAGGGAUUAUGUCACUCGUCACUAAGUGCUCCAGGGGCAUUCUGAGAAUUCCUACCCAAAAUCCUCUCUGGCUGGGGAGGGGAGACCACAGAGUUCAUUGUUCUGUCACAGCAGGGGAAAUCCAUAGUUUUAACAUAGCUGUCAUGUUUUGGCUUUCUCUUCUUUCAUCCUUCCUCCCUCCUUGUCACCUCUCCUUACAGCCUUUAUUCUCCCUUCCUCCCUCCUUGUCACCUCUCCUUACAGCCUUUAGUCUCCCUUCCUCCCUCCUUGUCACCUCUCCUUACAGCCUUUAGUCUCCCUUCCUCCCUCCUUGUCACCUCUCCUUACAGCCUUUAGUCUCCCUUCCUCCCUCCUUGUCACCUCUCCUUACAGCCUUUAGUCUCCCUUCCUCCCUCCUUGUCACCUCUCCUUACAGCCUUUAGUCUCCCUUCCUCCCUCCUUGUCACCUCUCCUUACAGCCUUUAGUCUCCCUUCCUCCCUCCUUGUCACCUUUCCUUACAGCCUUUAGUCUCCCUUCCUCCCUCCUUGUCACCUCUCCUUACAGCCUUUAGUCUCCCUUCCUCCCUCCUUGUCACCUCUCCUUACAGCCUUUAGUCUCCUUUCCUCCCUCCUUGUCACUUCUUACUUUUUGCAAAGUCUUCUCUUGUGGUGGAGCUCGCCUCAUAUCUGGAUCUUUGGGGGGGUGUUCCAACCACCAAGUCUCGUAGUGAGGGUUAAAGAGUGAAGCUUUGUUUUCCACGUCCUUCCACUCAGACUUCAAGUGGAAAUGAACUGACAUGGAAUGCUCAUGGUAGAGGAGACUUGGAAACAUAGAAAUAGAAUGAUUGGCAUUCUAAUUCUAUGCUUAGAACUUUGUUGAAGUAGAUAAUGACAUUCUGCUGCCUUCUAUUAGCAGUGAUGGUUCAGUGUGAGCUGAAGACUUGUUUCCAUGAACCACAGUGUAUAUCAGGGACUUGACUUAACGGAUUACUUGAAUACGAUGCCAUUGAAACGUGCCGUAGCUUUUUAUUUAUAUGGACACAUUUAUUCCUUGUUGCUUUAUUUUGUAUUCUUUGGUGAAGUAAGUUUAGUUUUAGUUUUUAGUUUUUUUUAUACCAGCGUGUAAUGUUUUUUUCUGUGCCCUUGUAUAACUGUAUAUUCAGGCUCAGGUUAGGCUGUGAAUAUCCAAUCAGCCGUCUCCUUAUUGCUGAGGUUACCCAAUCAGCUGUCUUCUUACUGUGUCCUAUUGAGUGUGCUUUAAGUAGAUACUAGCAUGGCACCCAGGAGGGUUUCUCACUUAUCUACCUCUCUGAGGAAGAGGACCUGAAUUUUUAAAUAACAUACUAAGAUAUAUAAACAAACACCAAAUUUGCAUCCUGGUAGAAUCCGUGACCUUCCAGACGAUGAAACACACAGCCCAUCUGCAUCUUGUCAUUACUAAUAGCUUCCCACAUUCCCAGCACUGUUUUUUCCCCCAUACUUCUACUUCCUGUUGGAACGUAAACACAUCCAGAUUCCCCUUCUGGGUCACAGGGGGUCUCGCUGGUUACCGUGGCGAUGGCCCAAAAAAAUCUAAAUCGGGGGCUCACUCAGAAGGAGAGUUAGUUGGAACGUUACAGAAUGUUUAGAUCGAAAUGUGCUGUUUAGAUCAGCUAUGGGUAUGUGUUGUGUAGAGCAGGGAAUAGUGGAAGCUCUAUAUAUCACAUUUCUAUCUGCAACAAUGUAAACUUCUGGUCCUUUUCUCUGUCCGUAUGCUAUUGAAUGUGUAAUGUUUUUACGAUGGUUGUACCUUGUCCCCAGCAGUUUUCACACUUGAACUAUGCUGAUACUACUAAGGCUGUGUUCUGGUUCUCAGAACAUGUUCUAUAUAGGUUUUUAUGUUCUGAUUCUCAAUGUUCUAGGCUUAGAUAUCAGAGAUGUAUUUAAUUGAACGCUGUAUGGAGAAUCUGUCAAGCAUCUGAAAUGUGUCUAAACCUUUUUAUAGCAUGAACAUACCUUACUGUAGUCUAGAUAGUAAUUUACUAGAAAUGGAAUGAAGGGCUUACUAGAGUAUGUUACUAGCAACCAAAUGUAUCUUUCUGCCUGAUCUCUUCUGAACUAUGUCAAUCUAUCCAGACUCACUCACUGUACGGUCAUCACUACUUUUCUAUAGACAAAGGGAUUCUGUCUUUUUUUGUUAACUACAGUUUAUUUUACAUUCCUAUUAUUUUUAAGUGUAUUUUAUUUACGUCUGAUCUGUGUUUAAUAAAGAUAGAUGCAGUCGGUUGUGGAGUAGUGGGUCAUAUUCAUUAGGCACCAAACGGACAAACAGGGAGGGACUAUAUGAACUUGUCCCAAAAAGAAAGCUUUUUUUUUGUGUUGCAAAACGUUUUGCUACGGUGUGACCUAAUGAAUACGACCCUGUUUUAGAUAAAAAGAACUCAAGUCUUUUCCUCACUAAAAAGCUACUUUUCACCGAGGUCUCAAGGUGCAAUAUGUUUUUGUUGGUAGAACCAUAGCAUUAGAAUGAUUCCUUCUAUUUCUACGGAUAAAAGUCUUCUCUCACAGCCGUCACUGUCUUGAGUAUAGCCCUCACUACUGGUUCAUCUUUUCUAACUUCAUUCCUUGACAUUAUUGUGUGAUUUGACUCGACGUUGAUCCUUGCUGCCAGAAAGCCUAGAGCUCUGAACACUAUGUUGCACAUUGCAGCCUUGAUUGGUGUACUGUACGUGUUGCUAUAGCGAUAUUGUGCAUGUUUCUAUGUCCACAGAACUGUGCUGAGAAACACACACACAACCACACUACUUGUCCAAUGAAAUGACACCAGAAAUGUCCCACGUCUAUUUUUGUAAUGCUGUUUUUGUAUUCUUUGAAGUGACACAGAGAAGUUUCUUUUUGAGCCAUUGAAAUAAACAACAAAAUAACUACA